UGACGUAGCUAGCGAGUUAUUUUCUGUGCGGUAGUGGAGUGCGCGCUCGGCAAGUCGGCACGACUCGGAAAGUCACCGCGGAGGAUUUGUAGACCACUUGUUCAACUAGUCUCGAGUCGACUGACGUGAGAGCUUCCUCUGGGAUCACGAACACACAGAAAUGUCGGGGGAUAACGAGGAAACACAGACGGCCGGGGAGACGUCAGCGGACCAACGGGAGGUUCCGGACAAGGUGGUCAAUCCUGAGAAGUCAGAAGAGGCUAAACUGAAGUCCAAAUACCCAAAUUUAGGAAACAAACCCGGGGGCUCUGACCUGCUUCGCAAACGCCUCCAGAAGGGGCAAAAGUACUUUGACUCUGGCGACUACAACAUGGCUAAAGCCAAGAUAAAGAACAAGCAGUUGCCGACAGCUGCGCCAGAGAAGACCGAGAUCACUGGGGACCACAUCCCCACCCUCCAGGACCUGCCCCAGCGGAAACCUUCUCUGGUGGCUAGUAAACUGGCAGGCUGAUGCACACACAGCCUCGACAGCCCCUGCAGCAACUCCUUGCCCUUUAACCUUUCUACUCAAGUCUCAGAACUGUAACAUUACCUCUCCCAUCCCUCACAGUACCCGUCCCCCUGCCUCUGCCCCCUCCCCACCAGCCUGGACACCACCCUACCAGAGCCCACACCUAACACCCAGCAAACUGGCGAGCUGAUUCCUUCAAAUCCUGUUUAGUUUUGUCCCCCACCCCCACCCAUCUGGCCCGGCCCCCACUCCCUCCUAUCUUUGUCCUCUUCCCUGGCUGCUUCUACAAACUGACUGCUCCCCUUCUGUCUCUGUCUUCUAACUUUCCCAUGUUUCUUUUUAAUUUUCUCUUUACUGCAAUAUGAGAUGCACUGAAAGACGGGACAUUCAAGUGUGAUGAGUGGAUUGUGACGCUUCUGGACGACUGAUACCACGGUGUUGCCGGCUGAAGAGAGGGGGCGAGCAGCAGAAGCGGCGCCUUGAAUGGUUAGAGGGCUUUAGUAUGGUCAUCAGGAUCCUUCAGUUUGGAAGUGUGUGUGUGUGUGUGUGUAUAUAUAUAUAUAUAUAUAUAUAUAUAUAUAUAUAUAUAUAUAUAUAUAUAUACACACAUAUUCCUUUGUUUGGCAGGGGCCGAUGUCAGUCUAUUAGAAUGUUUUACAUCAGGUUUGUAUCAUUCACUGUAUGCCCUUAUCAGAGGCAAAGCUCAGUUUUGUUAACACUUUGAUUAUGAAUCAUGUACUGUACUAAAGAACCACACAGCAAAGGUCAGAAUGUGAUAUGGAACUGCAUGUGUAAUGCAGGGCUCCCAAAGGUGAACCUCACUGUGCUCCAUUUUCAGUUCAUCAAGGUGCACUGAACACAGAGAUUGACAAAGAUGCUCAAUGUCAGGUGCAGCGUAUGAGCCUUGGGUGGUAUGUGGAUGAUGCUUUCAAGACAUUUUGAAACUUUGAAGAGUGAAAGAGAAGGACAUGUUGAAUGCGUGCACUGUAUUUAUGGGGUGCCAUUCAUUUCAGGUCAGACGAUGACACUGUUCUUUGGUCAACAUAUCUGGUUACAAGUUGUCAUGAAUGGAAAUGUAACAUGCUAGAAUUAUGAGGUAGAAUAAAUGGGACCUUAAAGCUACAUUUCUGUCCCUACCAGUCAUGCAUCCUGCAUGCUGUGUGAGAAGACACAUGUACUGGGAGCAGCUCUUGACAGCAAAUAGUGUUAUUAAUCAUGUUCAGACUUGGGGAAACCCUUUUAUACCCAUGAGUUGAAGUCGUUUCAUCUUUAAAGUGUAGAUGGCCAUGUAUAAUGCUUUUCCGAGGUCCUUACUGACUGGAUGAAGUUUAUCUGAUGCGGUAAAUUGAAGCUAGCACAACAUCCGUCUGAGCUUCUGCAUGUAUAUGGCUGCUGUCACUUUGUGCCAUUUUGUUUUGUAAAUAAAAUAGUUUUGCACAAAUGUU